UUUAGAUUUGAUUCACAUAGGAUUUCUUCUGAUCAGAAUAAUGUGUUUUUAAUUCUUAUAUUUUUAACACAGCGCCUAAACAUACAAAAUGUUUAGAAGUCGUAUUUUAUCCCGAGUUCUAUGGCAACAGCGUUUUCACAUUAAAGAUUAUGCAAAGCCAGGGCCGGUUGUUAGUGUUGUCACCGGGAUACCUCCAGUGAGACAACAGAAUUCAGUAGCAGUAGAAGAUAGCUAUGUAAAGAAAUUCAUGAAAGCAGUUGGUUGGAUGGACCAGUCCAGGACACGUUUAAAACUCACAGGUUAUUUUCUCUAUGAAAGUGUGCCAGAUAAAGUAGCAUACAUAGAAUGGUUUGAUAAUCUCAAUCUGCCCGACACCUUCGCCACAUGGUUCACAAUAACAGAGCUGCAUGUGUGGCUGCUACUGGUCCGUUACAUGGCGGAAGACAUUGUUCCUAGUGCAGAAGAGAAGAAAAAAUAUUUCAAAGGGGAUGGAUCUUUUGUAAGAAACUGUAUAAUCGAGGCACUGUGGGCUGAUGUUGGAAAUAGGAUUAAGUUGUUGGAGGGAGCUAACCCAGCUAUAGCCAGAAAGCAGGUGUCAGAGCUGUCUGAGCAGUUCCAAGCUGCCCUUGUGGGCUACGAUGAAGGCCUCUCUGAUGACCGUCUCCUAGCUGCCGCUGUGUGGAGGAGGUUCUAUUCUAUGUCCGAGGACACGCAAGUUGAACAUGUUGAGAGGAUUGUCCAUUUUAUUCGACAUCAGUUAAAAGUACUCGACAAACUACCGAGUGAAGACCUGAAGUGGAAACCCGAAAUUACCUGGUUAAGUAUACUUAAACAUUAAUAAUAAUUUAUUUAUUUGUUUAUAGUCUGUAAAAUAUGUAGUUAUGUAUAAAUAAAAUGAAGGGAUUGUUAUUUA